UCCAAUCACAGUCUUGGACCAAUCAGAGUUGAUAGGUCUUAUGUUCUCAACCAAACACAUAGGACCUGUGCAUUCUGUGGUUGCCUGGAUACAGUAAACAUAAGAGCAGUUGACUUCAAGUCGGUGGUGAGAAUCCACCUAUACCUGACUGAAUAAUGAGGCAAACUCGGCAACAAUUAUUGAAGAGGCAGAGGAAAAUACAUGAAGAUCUUCGCAAUUUGCAGAAAAAACUUCAGAAAAUAGUGGAUAAGCUUGAAAAUGGAUGCUCUAGGCAGAGAUUCCAAACACGAACUGCAAGGCGUCAGGCAACUGUUGCCUCUGCCUCUACAUCCUCACCUUAUGACCUAAGAGUGUUAAAUAUGAGAAAAAAAACUGGCCAAAAUGAAGUUCCUGUGUUCAAUACCUAUGAAGAAUUUCAUAAGACAGUUCUUCGGUCAUUUGAAAGCAUUUCAAUUGUACUGAACAUAGAUGGAAAAGUUGUUUUUAUAUCACAGAAUGUGUCACCUCUUCUUGGCCAUCGACCAGGAGAUAUUGUGGGGAAGACUUUAUUAAAUAUUAUUCUUGAUGAGGAAAAAGAAGAAGUAUCUCAGAAGGUCAUUCUUAAUCUUCCUUUGGCAAAAUCAGUUGGCAACCUUAUUGAAUUUUGCUGUUAUAUAAGAAAAGGAAAUGCUGCCCAAAAUGCUCUGGAAACACAUGAUUACACGAACAUGUACAACAUCAGGGACACAUAUGAGUAUGUAAAAUUCAUCUUGUACCUGCAGGAUUCCUAUGAUGAGUCAUUUGCAUUUUUUGGAAACUAUGGUACAAAUAGCAGAAGCAUUCAGUCAUCAACUCCAACGAUGUUAUGGGAUCAGCAAUACUAUCUUGUGGGAACCAUUUCAGUUCUUCGUACAAAACCUGAAUCAAAACAUCCUGUUAAAAUUAAACCUACUAUUAUAAUUAUUGAAUCGGAUGAUGACACUGAUAUACAGCACCGCAGGCUUCGAAAACGACGCAAGAGGAAGAGAAUUCAAAAAAAUCGCAAGGCUAAAUAUUUGAAAGCAAAACAUCCUGUAUCAGUUAACAACGUUGAGAUUAUAGAUAUUCAACCGGCCACUCGACAAAUUCCAUUUGAAUUAGUUAAGAUCAGGCCACCGUCUCAAUCAAGUACAUGCUCAAUAAUAAGUGUAGAUACAAGCGUGAGCACGACCACAAGCUCUUCAUCCAUAGAGUUUUCAGCAGCAUCAUUUUCACCGG